AUGGCGCAUCCUCUCUUGGUAACGAAGCAGAGGGAUGCUGGUGGCCCCAAAUCCUUCACGAGACCUCAAGCCAAAGGCCGCUCGGAAGUCACGCUGAGGAAAGACUUGUCGUCAAUGCAAGGAAGUUCCGAUUCGGAGCUCAGUCUAAAACGCGACGGCAGCACAAGAAACAGGCACAUCGCCUCCUUGAGCAACUUAUGGCACAAAACUGUCUCCCGUAUGCCGACCUUAAGCAAAAAUGAUGCCUCGAAAGGACAGAUUGCCAGGGCAGCUCAUGCCUCCUCAACAAGUCAGUCUGAUUCGCAGACUGACGAAGGUGAACAGCAUCAGAUCGACAAGCCUGCAACUAGCAAGGACGAUACCACGUCAUCCCAGAGGAGAAAAGGUUUGUUCAAACGCCGAAGCCUCGGAAACAUAUUUGGUACCAGCAGCCGAAAAACGCUCAAGAGAUACAUCAAGUCCGAGGAGGCUCUCGCGACCUCUGUGGGGUCUGACGUGGAGACGCCAGUCCAUGACAGGUUUCCAUCUGCCUCGCUCGUCGCUCCAGAGCUGCCAAAGGUGCGGGCAUCAGGAAACUUUGAGAAGGAGUGCGUGAUCAUCACUGGAGAGCCACCCACAGUGCAACCGCCGAUUUGCCUAGGAAAACAAACGCCCCAAUUACUGGAAAUACAGACGGGGGAUGGCCAGCCCCCUUUCCUUGAUCUAGGUGAUGCCGUUGAGGAUCAAGUUCCGGAUGUGUCGCUAUCAGCAUUGGCUUUGGCCAAGCGACCUAGGUCCUUGGAUCUCAAGAAACUCCUGGUAGACGCUUCGGCAGCAGCAGAUCUGGACUUCAUCACAUCGGCCUUGGACAAGGGAAAGGGCAAGGAAAAGCAGACAUCGAAGCCACCCUCCACUGAUCAGCAUGUGCACCUGGGGUCUGGAACACCGCGACCAGUCGAGGUAAAAAGCCCUCUCGAGGUAGCCAACAAAGCCUUGGAGGCGGAGUCUAGUAACAUGGUUGCGAGCAUCAAGACGACUGAUGCAGCCUCCGCUGUCAUCCAAGCUGAGAUGUCCAACAAAAUUCUACCUGCAGUGAAUACCGAGGUGACUGAUCCACCCUCUACUAUCUUCCCGGUCGAGAUGUCCAACAGGAUUGUACCCGUGGUCAAUACUGCGUUGAGCAGAUUUCCUGGAGAUUCCGACUCUCGAGAUGCUGUUGCCAGCACAGGGGCGACUGGCCCGAGAAUCAAAGAGGUAACCGUUCGAGACGCCGGGUACACUCCAAAUGAGAAACCGGAGUUUGAAACAUCAACGAGGGAGCACAUAUUGAGGUCGUACGCUCAAAUUUCCGGCAAGUAUGGACCUUUCUAUUCUACCGCAAGGAUGCGGACAUCAAUUGACCUUACCUGGCAAGAUGGUAUAGGCAUCACCUCCCAUGGACUCAAUGCUAAUACUUUAUGCAGGGAAGACUGGGAGAGCGAUAUUACUGUAGCUGGACUGGAGAAUGAUAAUGUCCCAGACACAACCCUGAUGCGCAAACGAUCGGACGAUGGACAACUCCAAGAAUACCUAUCUUUGCCACGCAACGUGAGCGAAGGUGAAUCUGAGACCAAGCCUAAAUACGGCAAAUGGCUGUCGCGGAGCGCUAUUCCAGUGACGGAUAACUCGACAAUGACUCGCGAAAUACAUAGAGAAACGAUGGACACAGGCCGGCUCGCUGUGAUCCCGGAUAUGACCCUAGAACUCGAGUCUACGAAGAGAAACGAAUACAGCAUAAUCUACCCGCCGAACUACGUUUCCAAACCUCGGGUUACCUCGAUGAAUGCUUUGAUUAUGGAGCCUCUCCUCAAUCCAGCAACCGAACGCCAUCUUGUCAUAUCCGAUAGCAAAGGCAGGGCUAUCACUAGCAACGGCUCCAGCAAUUUGAGCGUUGAUUCAGGUGGCUCAGAGAUCCGAAGGAGAAAGACAAAAAGCAUGACGUUCAUCAAAAACAUUGAUAUUUCUUCUGUCGACAAUUCUUACAAUCAAAUGCGGAAGUUGGCCUUCCCCGGAGACUCAAUUGAUGGCCCUGAAAGCCGGUUCGAGACAUCAGUCUAUUACGACGGAGGCAGCUGGGACGUUUGUGAGGACUGCAGUGAUGUAGAUGAUGUUUUCUGA